UCUAGAUACAAAUGAUCUAGUCUAGUACCAAAAUGAAUGAAAGAAAGGACAUAAAUAUACAUUGCAUCAAUGAACUAAUUACACUAGAUCUAGAUUAGAUCCAAUUCACGUUCUUCGUAUAUUAAUAAAAUAAAUUGUCUAUAGGCCUAGUAUUAUUGUUAAUGAAUGUACGUCCAACAAUACACUCAAUGAACAAUUGAACAUUCUCAUUCACAUUGUUCAUAGUUUAUUUUAUUGAGUUCAUUGUUGUAACAUUGUGAUUGUUAGACUGUUACUACUACUAGAUCUAGAUCUAGUAAUGUUAGAUCAGCAGAUCUAGCUAGUCUGUUGUUAGUCCAACAGUUACACAACCGUGACAACCGCAACACAAUCCAAAAUCUAGAAAUGACUAUGUAAAAAAACAUGCUGUCACUGUAGAAACAGAUUGAAGCGCUCACUUAGCUGAUUUGUUGACCCAAGUAUGUCAGGAGAAAUUUUUCAGCCAAUGGAAAACCCUGAUGAAGCUAUCCUGCCUACAACAAGAAAUCCACUUUUGUGCUAUUUGUGCAAUGAACCUUAUGAAGACCCUUGCAUUCUGGGCUGUUUCCACAGCUUUUGUGCUCACUGUCUGCGUGGACGUGCAUUAGAUGGGAAAAUGUCAUGCCCUUUAUGUGGAUGUGUCCAUACCUUAAGAGACGGGACAUCCCUCCCCCCCUCUGACCUACUCCUCAAGUUUAUGAUCGAGUCAUCCACUGAAGAGCGAGCCCAAUGUGCCAACUGUGAUUCUACUGCUGUUCAAAUGUUUUUCUGCAACACAUGCUCUCAGCCGCUGUGCCCCAAGUGUCGUGAGGAGACUCAUCGUGCCAAAAUGUUUUCUAGUCAUGACAUGGUUCUACUGACAAAACGAGCUCGAGAAGUUCACAAGAAAUGUUUGAUUCAUGAAGAACCUUACAUAAUGUUUUCAUCAGAGAAAAAAAUGAUGCUGUGCAUCAACUGUUUUAGGGACAUGAGAAUAGAAAGUCGAGGCCAUUGUCUAGACUUAGAAACCGCCUACACUCAAAGUUUUAAAAAGUUGGAUCUCAGAGUUCAGGCUUUCAGAGAACUCCAGAACUCAGUACGUGAAGGAAUCUUGCUGUUCAAGGCUCUACUGGAGGAAAUUAAAAUGAACUCUGGGAAGGAACGGGUAGCCAUUGAAGAGUUAUAUGGAACCCUGUUGGAGAGACUGUCUGAGACCAAGACUUUACUCCUGCAAAAAGUUGACAGCCAAUAUGCAGACAAAGAGGCAACGUUUCGCUCCCAGCUGAAAUCUCUGUCCACUUUAUUGCCCACACUUCACGUUCACCUUGUGAUUGCCAGUGCUUUUAGGGGAUCGGCAAAUAAAUUUGAAUUUUUAGAUUUUGCCAAUGUAUUAAUGGAACGUUUGAAAUCAAUUGUCCAAAACCAGCACCCCAUCCACCCCACACAGAGUGGUCAGAUUGAUACCGCGUACAAAACGGAAUUUUUCAAAAGCCUUGAGCCUUUGUUGUAUGUGCCUCUUCAGAGGUGUACACUGACCUCUGCCUCCAUGGCUAAUGGAGUAAAUGGCAUCCACGCUGGCUCCUGUCCAGGUAGCCCUGUGAUACAUAGACUGACCCCCAACCAUACCAGGCGAACAAAUGGCUUAAAUGGAGCCAAGGUCAAAUUUAUUGAUGCUAAAGGCCAGUUUGCUGAGCACUGCAGGGAGUUUGAGAAUGCUCACAGGGAUCUACUACAAAAGUUGGAGCAAAUGAAAACUCAGUGCCAAGAAUUACAACGUGAUUUAACCAUGCGGAGAUGUUUGGCUAAAAAAGAUGAAGUUCUGGCCCUGACCAAUCGGAUAGAAGCUGUACAGAACCAUCUUGAGGCUCACUAUAAUAUUUUAGAGCAAAAGAUGCCAUUACUUGACAAGCACUGGGAAGAAAGUCUGGAACGGCUGAACAAUGAACAAGACUUGUAUCAAGCUCAGCUGCAGGACGUGAUGCGACUGAAGCAAGAGAGCCAGCAACUACGAGUGAUCGCCUCCCAGUUAACAUCAUUUGUGUCCUCUAUUGCUGCAGUCACUGAGCGACUUGCCCCUAAGCUUGGACAGUCAAAUCAAACUUCUGAACAAGAACAACAAAUUGCUUCAUUGUUGGAAGAAAUAUCCUCUGUACACCCAGACAGCCAACAAAGGGUGGAGGCCAUACGAGGGGCAGAAGAAGAAAGACAAACAAAUCUGGCAAACAGAACUAACCCACUCGAUUCUGAAUUAAUCAAAACUAAAGGGCUUUUAAGAGCUCCUUCUCUUAGGAGCAAAAAGGCAGAGAGAAGAAAAAGAGUUGAAGCUACAGACAUCUCUAGUGGUACCAAGGCCAUCACAGACAUCUCUAGUGGUACCAAGGCCAUCACAGACAUCUCUAGUGGUACCAAGGCCAUCACAGACAUCUCUAGUGGUACCAAGGCCAUCACAGACAUCUCUAGUGGUACCAAGGCCAUCACAGACAUCUCUAGUGGUACCAAGGCCAUCACAGACAUCUCUAGUGGUACCAAGGCCAUCACAGACAUCUCUAGUGGUACCAAGGCCAUCACAGACAUCUCUAGUGGUACCAAGGCCAUCACAGACAUCUCUAGUGGUACCAAGGCCAUCACAGACAUCUCUAGUGGUACCAAGGCCAUCACAGACAUCUCUAGUGGUACCAAGGCCAUCACAGACAUUUCUAGUGGUACCAAGGCCAUCACAGACAUCUCUAGUGGUACCAAGGCCAUCACAGACAUCUCUAGUGGUACCAAGGCCAUCACAGACAUCUCUAGUGGUACCAAGGCCAUCACAGACAUCUCUAGUGGUACCAAGGCCAUCACAGACAUCUCUAGUGGUACCAAGGCCAUCACAGACAUUUCUAGUGGUACCAAGGCCAUCACAGACAUCUCUAGUGGUACCAAGGCCAUCACAGACAUCUCUAGUGGUACCAAGGCCAUCACAGACAUCUCUAGUGGUACCAAGGCCAUCACAGACAUCUCUAGUGGUACCAAGGCCAUCACAGACAUCUCUAGUGGUACCAAGGCCAUCACAGACAUCUCUAGUGGUACCAAGGCCAUCACAGACAUCUCUAGUGGUACCAAGGCCAUCACAGACAUCUCUAGUGGUACCAAGGCCAUCACAGACAUCUCUAGUGGUACCAAGGCCAUCACAGACAUCUCUAGUGGUACCAAGGCCAUCACAGACAUCUCUAGUGGUACCAAGGCCAUCACAGACAUCUCUAGUGGUACCAAGGCCAUCACAGACAUCUCUAGUGGUACCAAGGCCAUCACAGACAUCUCUAGUGGUACCAAGGCCAUCACAGACAUCUCUAGUGGUACCAAGGCCAUCACAGACAUCUCUAGUGGUACCAAGGCCAUCACAGACAUCUCUAGUGGUACCAAGGCCAUCACAGACAUCUCUAGUGGUACCAAGGCCAUCACAGACAUCUCUAGUGGUACCAAGGCCAUCACAGACAUCUCUAGUGGUACCAAGGCCAUCACAGACAUCUCUAGUGGUACCAAGGCCAUCACAGACAUCUCUAGUGGUACCAAGGCCAUCACAGACAUUUCUAGUGGUACCAAGGCCAUCACAGACAUCUCUAGUGGUACCAAGGCCAUCACAGACAUCUCUAGUGGUACCAAGGCCAUCACAGACAUCUCUAGUGGUACCAAGGCCAUCACAGACAUCUCUAGUGGUACCAAGGCCAUCACAGACAUCUCUAGUGGUACCAAGGCCAUCACAGACAUUUCUAGUGGUACCAAGGCCAUCACAGACAUCUCUAGUGGUACCAAGGCCAUCACAGACAUCUCUAGUGGUACCAAGGCCAUCACAGACAUCUCUAGUGGUACCAAGGCCAUCACAGACAUCUCUAGUGGUACCAAGGCCAUCACAGACAUCUCUAGUGGUACCAAGGCCAUCACAGACAUCUCUAGUGGUACCAAGGCCAUCACAGACAUUUCUAGUGGUACCAAGGCCAUCACAGACAUCUCUAGUGGUACCAAGGCCAUCACAGACAUCUCUAGUGGUACCAAGGCCAUCACAGACAUCUCUAGUGGUACCAAGGCCAUCACAGACAUCUCUAGUGGUACCAAGGCCAUCACAGAGGGUUACCCUCAGGCUCCAGUUUGCCAACUCUCUUCUUUAUCAAAUGAUUCAAAAAAUAAUUGUUUAAAUACAGAAACGAUAGUUUUAACCAAUGACAACAGUUUUGUAAAUAGAGAAGCCUUAUAUUUAUCAGACGAAUUACCAGUCAAUUCUUUAAAUAAUUCACCUUUAUUUUGUAAUGGCCAAGCAAUAAGCUGUGAUGAAAAUUGUGUUGAAAAUGUCCCAAAUAAAUUGUGUGCAAUUACUACAAACAUAAACAAUGAACUGUCUGAAACAGAGGUGGAUGAAUAUGUGGCAAUUGCUCUCAGCAAAGAUAUUAGUAAAUCAUUGUCACGUCAAAUUAAGGUUGAAGAAAAGAAAUCAAGAAGAUCUAAAGGAAUAGUGCAGAAAGAAGAGAGAGCUAUAUCAGUAAAGGACAGUGGCACCAUAAGAAAUUUUCUCAAAGAUGUCGAAAAUUAUAAUAAAAGGGACAUAUUAGAAGUAACUAGUGCUGGUGACUGUCCAUAA